UAAUAUUAUUUUGAUUCCUAUGAUAUGAUAUCUUUUUGGCAUCACUAUUCGCUAAACUACUGAAAUAGUUGUUUAGUUGUUUUACGUUACUAAAAUUUCGAUUUUUUUGCUUAUUAACUAACCAUAACGUCCAUUUUAAAAGUAAUUAAUAGAUUCCCAGUAUUGGAUAAGACCGCACAAUUUUGGUUAGAGCAGUUAGAAGAUGAAGUUAUUCGUCCUUAAGGUGCAGUGGAUGUGAACUACAACUAACAAUGUAUUCUGAUGACACGGUGUAUGUUGGCUUAUUGGUCUUAUCAUUUUUAUUUAGCUUUUUAUUCAGAAAAGUUAAACACAAAAAUGUGAAACAAUGGAUGUCAACUAUUUAUGGAGCAAUUAUUGUACUUACAGUUUCUGGCUUACAUAUAGUCCAUCCGAUAAUUUGUACACUAGUCAAUUCCAUUUUGAUACAAAUUGAUAAAAGGCAUUGUCAUAUAUUAAGUUUCUUAUUUACGUUUGGAUAUUUAAUAUUCUUUCGGAUGACAACAUAUUUUGGAAUACCAUACCCACCAGCUCAUACUAACUUAAUUCAAAUGAUGCUAACUCUAAAGCUUGUUGGCCUUUCGUUUGAAGUCCACGACAGUUAUCUAAUUAAAUUGAAACAAAAGGAUGCAAAAUUUGAGGCUGAAAAUAAUUUUAAAAUGAUUUGUCAACCUAGUGUUCUAGAAGUAUUUCAUUAUGCAUUUUGUUAUAUAGGCAUUUUAACAGGACCCUAUUUUAAGUAUCGUACUUAUUGGGAUUUAUUUAAUCGUAAUUACUGGAGAAAAGCUACUUAUAUUAAUUUAUUAAUUAAAAAAAUACGUAUAAUUCCAACUUUAAUAAUUUGUUAUUUGGCAACUUCGUGGAUAUUUCCAUUAAGUGAAUUCAACAAUGACUCUUUUUAUACAUCUACAUCGUUAUCAUACAGAUUGUGGUAUAUGUACUCUUCAUUUUUUAUUUUUCGCACAAGAUUAUAUUUGGGCUUUAUUUUUUCUGAGCUUAUUUGUAUAGCUUCUGGAAUGGGUGCUUACCCUGAAGUGACAGAUCCACAGUCUGGAAGUGGUCCAACUCGAAAUUUCGAAUCAUUGGAAACUAAAUAUUCGGUGAAAGAAGUGGUUUACAAUUUUGAUUGUAUUGAAAGUAUUGAUAUAAUGAAAGUAGAAACUAUUUCAACAGUCCGCGGAGCUACGAGAAUUUGGAAUAUGACUGUACAGUAUUGGAUUGCUGAAUAUGUAUAUAGAAGAAUUCCUGUUAAAAAACUUAGAACAUUGGUAGCAUUUGGUAUUUCUGCAUUGUGGCAUGGCAUAUACACGGGGUAUUAUGUUAGUUUGUGUUCAGUGCCUUUUUACUUAGCAGUGGAAGAUAUUUAUGAUAGACAGUACCGUAACUAUGCUGACUCCGCUGGCAAACGUAUACUGUGGACAUUCUUCUUAUACACUAUGAAAAUGUAUCAGUUUUCAUUUUGGGGAUGUACAUUUCAACUUCUACAUAUCGACCUCAUAUUUAAAUACUGCCAAUCUAUAUAUUUUCUCCCAUAUAUUGUUUUAAUAACAAUGUAUGCCAUUUCUCGAUUUAACAACUUACGGACUAGUUGACCAAAUAAAACUAUUUGGCCUGUUGCAGUCAACAUCAGUGAAUUCCUCUAAAGGACUUUGAGUCUGUUAUGUUAUGUUUUGUUUUGUUUUGGUAAAGUAUACCAUAAUUUUAAAAUUAAUGUAUAAGUUGUAUAUUUUUCUUAUAUCUAAUUGGCCAUUUACACCAAUGGGUCUAUACAAAAAGAAAAUACUGCCCCAAAAUACUCCACCUUGAUAUGAAAGACAUUUGUAAAAAUAUUUUAUACAAUCUAUAAGAACAUUUUUAAUUGAUAUUUGUAUUAUGUUUAAUUUUGUAGUGUAUAUACACAAGAUGUGCCCUUGGUUAAAAAUUAUAAAUACUUUUAACUAUUAAUUAAGUGACAAUAUUGACUAUUGUUAUGUGAAGUAAAAUAAUGUUUAUAAUAAAUUAUUAUAUUAGCUUAAUGUAUUAAACUAAUAUUUGUGAAUAAAUAAUAUUAGUAAAUAUGUUAUGUAUGUCAUGAACGAUGCACGUGUUGAUAUUGGAUUCAAAUUCAUCUAAUUACGCUUCUAAACACUAAUGUAUUCUCUUAUGGCUUCUACAAAGUGUA